AUGUGGCCACGUACGUACUUGGUAAGUGGACUCGACACUUCAAAAGUAGCUACCACACCGUAUUACUUGUUAGUCCGUCUCGGCGUUGUGGUCGUGUGCCUAGCAAUUGCCGGAAUCGGAUGUGCCCGACAAUCUCGUAAAGCCUUCAUGUUCACCGGCGUCGGCCUUCUUCUCACAGUUCUACUCUUCGCGGUUUCGAUGGCCUGCUGGCACUAUGUGAACUACCUCGAACGAGCCGUGCUUGAAAUGCCGCCAUUUUACAAAUCCUGGGAACCGAUCCUCAAAUCAACAACGCGUUUCAACUUCGGAUGGUCUCUCGUUGUGGCUUGGGUUGGAAUUCUCUUUAUCCUCUUCGCAUCGGUGUUCUUCAUCUGCUCCGCCAGCCGGUUAAAGAAGCCAAAUUUUAUUUAG